AUCAAACAUUUUAGCAUUUUAGUUGAAAUUUGGAAGAACGUUUGACCGAGGAUCGAGUGACAAUAAUGGCCUUGAUCGGGCAACUGCCCAGCAAGGUUGCCUUGCCUCUCUCUCCCUUUGGAGUGAGGCAUGGGUCCAUCUUCAGAAAGCGCAGCAUCAUCAACACGCCGAUAAAGAAACAUCCAUCGGAUUUCUUCGAGGGUAUAAGAGCACCAGGCAUCAACGAUUGCCCCAACAACUGCCUUUGCACGAAUCCAGAUUCGUAUAUAUCUUGGAAGAACCCCUCACUCCUAUCUCAGUUCACAUCCACUGCAAGUGGACUUAUUCUGCACAGACGGACAACCGGUCUCUGUGAGUGGCAACAGCGACGCAUUUCCAAACAGAUCAAGCGUGCACAGACCUUAGGCCUUAUGCCCUAUUUGAACAAAGCUCCGACGUACUUCUGCGACCCCGAGCUCUUCCCGCCCAAGUUAGACGAGAUCAGCGAAGAACAUAAACCAUGAAACUCCACUAGCCCAUGACAGCCCCUCUAGAUUUAACACUUCAAAGCAAAAUUGAAAUAAAAAAAAGUCGUAAACCA